AUGGAAGGGGGAAACAAAAAUCUCAUCAAAAAAUUUGUGUGCAGAAAACUCUGGAGAAAAGGCUUCGAUCCCAGCUGCUGCUCAGAUAUUCAGUCUGAGAUUUUCGCUAAUGGCACCACCCCCACGGAGCAGGUGGGAACCCGCCCAGGAGGAAGCACGCAGGGUCCCGUGGCUGAAGAAGUGCUGCAAACUCUGCUAGAAGCAUCGGAAGAAUUUGAACUGAGAUACAGACGUGCGUUUAACGACCUCGCAUGCCAGCUGCACAUCACCCCUGACACGGCCUAUCAAAGCUUCGAGCAGGUGGUGCAGGAACUGUUUAGGGAUGGCAUAAACUGGGGGCGUAUUGUGGCUUUCUUCUGUUUUGGGGGGGGGCGCUGUGUUUUGAGAGCGCAGAUAAAGAAAUGGAAGAACUUCUGCCUAGGAUUAUUCAAUGGAUGGCAACAUUUCUGGAUUCAUCAUUAGAGCCCUGGAUACAAGAAAACGGAGGCUGGGAAGCGUUUGUCAGUCUAUAUGGGAACGACGCCGCCGCCAACAGCCGGAGAAGCCAAGAACGCUUCGGGAGGUGGCUCCUGACGGGAGUAACGCUUGCCGGAGCCGUCUUAUUGGCCUCUUACCUCAUCCGCAGAUAG